AUGACGCCACAUGGUUCAAAGACACCUCGGACACGUUUGGGGGUGUUAGACCAUUUAUUGGACUUGGCAGUCAGUCAGUCAGUCAGUCAGUCAGUCAGUGUGAGUCUGUGGACACCUGCCUCGGCGACGCGCUGCAGCUCGGCCUCUGCUCUCAGCUGCACCUAUCCGUCAAAGUCUGACUUUGGUUCCAUCACUUCACCGUUUGUGGCGGAACACGGCUCCACUCGGCUGGACCAGAGCACCGCUGCAGCCCGAGGACUGUCGGAGUACCGAGGCCACUGCUGCCCUCCUCCGUGGAAAUGGACCCGGCCCAUCACCUCUCCAUCCUGGGAAGCUGUUUACCACGAGUACCACGGCUUACGGCCCCAGUCGGAGACGAUCUUCAGCCCCAGUAAGGACAGCUUCCCCCGCUUCCACACGCAGGCGUUUGGGGAAGACGCGCGGAGAUACGCGGCGUUCAACCCGGACUCACAGCUCCUCUUCCCGGCAGGCCGCGACAGAGUGCUGCCGCCGGCUUUCGACCAGUUCACCGCUUACACGGACGAAGAGGUGAACCUGAAGGCGCAGACUACGACCGGGACCGCACAGCAGAAGGAGGCGAAUCGGGCCGAGCUGACGAGCUGUCAUAGCGGGGAGAGGAGCGAGGUGAGGGCGGGGUCAGACACGACCCCGGCGGGGAAGGAGGACGAGGAGGAUGCGCUGCUGUCCAGCGGCUGUGGAGGAGAAUACAGCCAUGCACAAAGGGCCUGUGUGAAGAGGAAGAAGCGGUGUCCGUACUCCAAGCAGCAGACCAGAGAGCUGGAGAGAGAGUUUCUGUUCAACAUCUACAUCAACAAAGACAGACGCAUGCAGCUGUCCCACCGGCUCCACCUGACAGAUCGACAGGUGAAAAUCUGGUUCCAGAACAGACGGAUGAAAGAGAAGAAGCUGAAGAGAGAGAGGCUGCAGUACUACACAGGAUACCAGCUGUUCUGAUGACCAGAUGAGGGAGGCGGCAGCAAGAGGCGGUCGUGCUUCUUCUUCUGCGUCUUGCACAAACUGUGACGGCUCUCCAGCCCCGCGUCACAACACUGAAUCAUUCCAGUCAUGUCGGCGGGCGACGAAGGGUCAGACAGAACGCACCCUGAGCCGCCGGAUACACAGCAGCUCCUCUGUUCAAUCUGCUGCCUCUCAUUAAGAAAACAUUCAGAUUUGUGCUCUUUCCUCAUCUGAACCCUCUGAAGUCAUGUGGCGUACUCUAAAGAAAUUACCUCCUCCUCCUCUCUGCCUCAGGCCCUCAUGUCCUCCUAAUACAAAGGAAUGAGGACAUACAUAUUUUUAUUAUUUCUCCUGUCUGAACACUUAAUAAGGGGAACAUCAAAUACAGAUGCGCUUGUCUGUGGAGUCUUGUGUGUUUGAUUUGAUUUGAUUUGAUUUGAUUUGAUUUGAUUUGAUUUGUUUCUGUGCGUUCUGCUGACAGUCUGACAUCUCACAGCUGAACAGAUCUGUGAGCGCAGAUGUCAGGAGUUUUUGAAAAUUAUAAAUCCCGUUGCUGUUCAUGUGAAUUUGUUUAUAGGGUGAUAUAAAUGUUCGCCGAUAUCUAAACUUCUGCCUCAUAAAAUCAAAUUAAAUCAUCUAUUGACAAUCAUUUAAGGUAAACUGAAUAAUUACUCUGAUAUGUCUCGUCUGAGAUUUGUAUUUUUAUCAUUUUGCUUCUGUGCUUUUGAGGGAAAAACACUUUUUAUACUGAAGCAGACAAAUUUACUUUAAAGUGAUUAAAUAUUGACUCCUUAGUGAAUCAUUAUUUCAUGUCUAUCUUCUUCUUUCGUG